GACUUUGACUUUGACGUUUUUUUAUUGAUAUCGUUAAUUUCCGUCGCUAUCGCAAUAAUCGCCAUGCAAAAUUACCUAAAUUGUGAAUAUUGAUGCGCAACUAAUCAAAUAUGAAUUAAUUAUCAAAAAACCAUAGAAUACAAUUUUGAAAUAUGCCCUAUAUUCUGCAUAAAAAGUGCUAAGUGAACCGCUACGAUGACAAUUUUUCAGUUAAUUGGUCAUUCGAUAAGGUUUUAAUUGCCGUAGAGCCAUUUUUAUUGUCAGUUGAAUAAUUGAAAACGGAUAAGUACUAAAGUCAUGGAAGUAAAGUAUUUUAUUAGUCAUGAAAUAGAAUUCUUUUAUUGAUUGGAACCAGUUUUCUUAUUUGAAUUGAUAGUUAUAAUAAAACCAUGAAGCCCGAAGGAUAUAUUGAAAUGGAAGCUAAGAUAACGAAUGUCGCGGAAGGUCGGGUGAUGGGUCGACGUUUCUUUUUAACGUUGGUGAUUGGGAUUUCUGCUGGAUUUAGUUUUGCAUACAUACUAUUAACAUCGACUGGAUUCUCACGGCAAAAUGUUUGGCAUACGUACAGGGAAUCAGUAAGGGAUUUGGAUAAGCAUCCCAUCACAGCUAUUGGAGAGCACAGUAAUGAUGAACCAGCUCAUAAGGAUGAGGACAGAUCGGUGGCUGAUGAGCUCUCUCGAAGAGUCAGGGUACUAUGCUGGGUCAUGACACAGCCGAAGAACCAUGAGGUUAAAGCCAAACAUGUGAAAGCUACGUGGGGCAAACGGUGUAACAAACUUAUUUUUAUGAGCAGUGUUGAAGACCCGAGCCUGCCCACAGUGAAACUACCAGUGUCUGAAGGGAGGGACUACCUAUGGGCGAAAACAAAGGCAGCAUUCCGCUACGUAUACGAACACCAUAGAAGAGAUGCCGACUGGUUCUUGAAAGCUGAUGAUGAUACGUACGUGGUAGUGGAAAAUCUAAGAUAUAUGCUUGCAGACUAUGAUAGCAGAGACCCGAUAUACUUCGGAUGCAGGUUCAAGCAUUUCUCACCACAGGGGUACAUGAGCGGCGGUGCAGGCUACGUGCUAAGCAGGGAGGCGCUGGACCGGUUCGUGAACAAGGCGCUGCCCACGCCGCAGCUGUGUAACGCGGGAGACCACGGCGCUGAGGACGCUGAGAUGGGUAAAUGCCUCGACAAGAUAGGCGUCCGCGCAAUGGACUCGCGCGACGAGUUCCACCGCGGCCGGUUCUUCCCGUUCGUGCCGCAGGACCAUCUGUUCCCCAACAGAGACAAAGACUUCUGGUAUUGGAACUACAUCUUCUAUCCUACUGAUGAGGGUCUCGACUGCUGUUCUGACCACGCAGUUUCCUUCCACUACGUGGGUCCACAGCUAAUGUACGUACUCGACUAUCUAAUAUACCAUUUAAGGCCCUACGGGGUGAAAUACGGCAGCGGUGCUAUGCCCAAAAUCCUUAAGGGUAACGAUACCAAAGAUUUUGAAAAUCGUUAGCUAAAUAACGCACUGAAUAUAACAGAAUAAACCUUCAAAUGUAGACUGUAAAGUUAAUGGGAUAAGGUUGAAAGUCACAUGUAUGUUAUGGAACUGUAAGGUUCAUUAUUGCUUGUACCUUUUUGAAAGUUAUUUUUAAUGAUUGACUGUUUAUUUAAAUUCAUUUACAGACAGUAAUAGUGACUUUUACAGCUAUAACUCAGUAAUUGUAAGCAUUACAAUGCAAUCUCGAAUUUCCGAAAAUCCUUCAAAAUUAAUACUUGGAGUCAAUCCCGAAAUCUCGGAAUUUUUACAGGAAUAUUCAAUAGAAGUAAUUGUCAAAAAAUUGAUCGACAGUAAUUUCGGUCGUAUGUUGAUUUCAUACAGAAAUACUAUUUGGAAUAACUUAAAUCAAACACUGUUAUUUAUUAUGUUUUUCGGCUUACUCACGUAAUUAUUUGACGAAGAACUCAACUAGUUUCAAGCCAUCCUAGAGGCUCAGAUUCAUGAACAGCAUUCCGACAGUCGCGCUGCUACUGUGAGUUUGCCGAAAAACAUAAUAAUUAAUCUAUUAUGUCUCACGAAAGUUACAAAACACUGUUAUAUUUAGUGUAUAAAUUAAGAAAAAAUAAAUAAAAAUCACGGCUUACUUACGUAAAUUAAUUGAGAAAAGCUCUACUAGUUUCGAGCCACAGAGGGACUCUUCAUCAUGAGCAGCGUGCGCAGACGCGGCGUAGGCUAAGUAGAGUUUUACUCCAUUAAUGUUUACUCACGAGUAAACCGUGAUUUUUAGUUAAUUUAAUAUGUCUCACGAUAGUUAUUAUAAAAAUCAGAAUAAUCAGAAUCUCUUGUUUCCAAAACAUUCCGUAAUGACUGCUUUCGUCUGAAGUCUGAGAAAAUUGUCUAAAUGUAGAUAUAUAAUGUGUAUAUGUAUAUUUGGGAGCUUUUACUGUAACAUAUUAGAUAUUA